UGCGUGUUUGAAUGCGGCGGCACCGCCAAGAUGUGAAAUUUGAAGACUCAGCAACGUAUCUUCAACGUUUUUAUGUUUACAUCUCUAAUAAUAACAAACAAUUUAAUUAAUAGUUGUUUGAGUCCACAAUUUGCGCUUGACGCGUUAUACAUCUGUUCCUGUUAUUCACAGGUCUGACAUGACUGUCACGGCUUGUGAUGCAUGGAAAGGCUUGUUCAGCGUUGGAGAGGAGUUUGAUGAUGAGGAUUUGCUUGAAGCUGAUUGGACGUGUCCAUCAAAGCCCUCUUCUGCUUCCACUUCUGCAGUAGCCCCAUCAUCUUCCUUAAGAACGUCAUCUGAAAAAUCCACCCUUGUUCAACAAAGCUCUGUCAGCUCAUCUUCUGGCCCUGAGGAAAGUACUUUAGGAUCUGGUUACGUAGCACCUCUGUGUACCCCAGCAUGCAGCCCUUUCAAAGCCUUAAGAAGCCUCUCCAUCCCUGGCCAUCAGUCACUCUCUUCUUCUGUUCCUUCCCUUCGGGCACCUGGAUCAUCUCUGCAUCCCUCCUCUAACCAUAUUCACCCUCCUUCCACAGUGUCUCUCAGUGUCCUGCAGAGAGACCCCCAUCCUCAGGAUGACUUUGAUGACUGGGAUGUGGAUUUUGAGGAACUGGUUGAAAGCAUCCCUCCAAAUGUUUCUCAGCCACAGAAGAAUCCAGCUUUACAUCCACCACUGGACAGAAUUUCACCAGCAAAACGAAUGAGACCAUCAGCGUCUAGUGGAGCAGGCUCAAUGACAGCAGUUGCACAAAUCUUGAGUCCAAGUCAUAUGUGUGCCCCUGCUACAGCAGUUUCGCAAUUCCCCAGACCUGUGACUCCUAGGCCACCAGUUGUGUCGCCUCAAGGACAGACCAGUCCUCCAACACUAAGAACCCCUUUGCAGUCCCGGGGGUCUCUUUUUCACGCAGUGUCUUCAACUCCCAAUCCCUCUCCUACACUUACACCUUGUCCCAUCAACGCACCCAUCCUGACCAAUCACUUGGUCCAGCUGGUGUCUGCAGCCAACAAGACACCUCAGAGACCACAAAGUGGUAUGAUUCGAACCAAAACUCGCCGUUUCCCCGGUCCAGCAGGAGCACUACCACAACAGGUCAGUACACAGAGUCUUGAUGACAUUGUUGUGUCAGUUCCUCAGACACCUACACAUGGAGCUGUUGCUCGCCUGCGAAGUGAGGUCUCAAACUCUCAGGUGAGCGAGGAAGAGGAGUUCAUUAGGGGUCCGUGGGAAGUGAUGAAGUCUGAAAUGGGAUUGAAUGAGAAGAACCCUUCUUGUUUCCUGAACUCUCACAGCGUUGUCAUGGUGCUACGCAAGGCUGCUCUCAGGCAGUUGGCCAAGAAUAAGGUCCCUAACAUGGCUGUUGUCUUGAAGCGCAUCACACACACGCAUGCAGAUGCGAAGGCCAUCUUCAGAGACCCCACAGGUGAGAUGCAGGGCACAGUUCAUCGUCGCCUGCUGGAAGACAGACAGGGAGAGCUUAAGACAGGAGCAGUGCUACUACUCAAACAAGUGGGUGUGUUUUCACCAACACAUCGAAAUCACUACCUGAACGUCACACCUAAUAACCUUCUCAGGAUAUACUCACCUGAUGGAGUUCUGAAUAACUCUCAGCUAUCCCAUCCUCCAUUGGAGCUUGCAUUGCCCACCAAGCCUGCAGGGGGCCCGGUCUCUCAAAUGGAGCUACACUUUGAUGAUGAAGAUGAUGAUGAAAAUGCAGUUCUGAAAAGUGUGGCUGGUGCUGGAUUACAACACACUUCAGAGGUCUCUAAUGAGCUCUGUCAAGCACCUACAGGGUCUGGGAUAACCGUGGACACGGCAUGGGAAACAGAUGAUCUUGAUGAGCUGCUCGGGGAGUUACCUGUGGAGUCAUAUGGCGGAGUACAUUAAUCCACAUGCUCACUUUAAAUAUAUUGUUUGCAGUAGACCAUGCCUGAUUUUAAUAGAUACUAAGACCAUACCUACUAUUAAACACAACAUGGCAAAACAACAACACCCACUAACUAGUGACUCAUUACUUUUGUUCAGGUUUUGUGUAAACCUUUGUAAAUAUGUACAUAAAUUACUUGUCUCUUGCAUAAAUUGAAGCAAUAAAUACAUGAUAAAACCUGUAAAUCGAUAUGUUCAGUUCUUGAGUGGCUGGUUGUGUUGCGGACAAAUGUAUGCCAGUAUUAAGAGUUGAAGGAACAUGGCUGUACACAUUAAGGUUAAUUUCAUGCUGAAAUUAGCCAGUAGUCUGGUGUGCCCUUUUUUGUAGCAAGCUCGGUUUGUGAAUUUAAAUCAGCCAUUAAGACUACAAUUUGCCAGCUGGAUUCACCCUUAAAUGACUCAAAUGGCAUAAUCAGUCAUUUCUGAUGUGCAAGCAGAGUGGCUUGCAUAAUGGGGUUUGCUCAUGCUGUUUAAAAGCUUUUACAUGUCUUUUGUGGAGGAUGUCUUGAGUGGUUGACUUUUUAAAAAAUAAUUUUAUUGAUUAUAAUAGUAAGUUUCAGCCUGUUACUUUCUCCAUUUUACCCCCUCUUUUAAUUGUAAUUUUUACUUUGUCUUAAUGUGUUAUGCAUUGCACUGUACUAUGCUUUCUUGGUCUCUGUGUCUCGCUGUGUGUAAUAUUGAUUUGUAGAUUAGGUGUAUUCACUGCAAGUCAUUAUAAAGUCACAAAUGUAUAAUUACUUAUUCUUUUCUCCCUGACAUAUCAACUCUUGUGUAAUAAUUGAUUCGAUAUUUAAUCUCCUGUUUUCACUGUAUAACAGGUGGGUAAGAUCAGUUAGUUGGGGGUCAUAUGGUUCUGUGCUAGCAGAUUUUAGAGUAUGCCAGGCAUAUUACUGUCAUUUAUUUGAUGGUGCAUUUAUAUUAGUGUAACUACUUGCUUAAGAUGUUUGGGAUGUAGGUUGUUUGCAAUAGAAAAUCCUAUGUAUAUGUACAGGUAUAUUCACUAACCAUUUUUAAAGGGAUAAACUUUACCCCAAAACUUUCCUCAUGCCAUCCCAGAUGUGUAUGAAUUUCUUCUGCAGAAUACAACAUUUUUUAGAAAAUAUUUCAGGCUCUGUAGGUUCAUACAAUGCAAGUGAAUGGUGAUCAGACUUCCAAAAACCACAAAGGUAACAUAAAAUAAUCCAUAUGCCACCAUUGUUUAAAUCCAUGUCUUUAGAAGCAAUAUGACAGGUAUGGGAGAGAAGCGGAUCAAUAUUGAAGUCCUUUUUAAGAUAAAAUCUCAGUUUUCACUUUCAGAAUGUGUGAUUGCAGAUGUGAAAGUGGAGAUAAAGGACUUUUUCACCAACACCUGUCAUACUGCUUCUGAAGAUAUAGAUUUAACCACUGGAGUUGUAUGGAUUACUUCUAUGUUUUCUUUAUGGGAGCUACAAUGGUCUGAUCAAGUCACACAUUCUGAAAGUGAAAACAGAUUUUAUCUUAAAGGACUUCAAUAUUGAUCCGUUUCUCUCCCAUACCUGUCAUAUUGUUUAGUUUUCAGCCGAAGAUAGAAAGUCAUACACAUCUGAGAUAACAUGAGGGUGGGAAAUUAAUGAUGAGAACAUUUACAUUUUUGGGUGAACUAUCCCUUUAAAUGGUUAAAUGCCCCAUUAACAGGUUAAUUGUAAUUCUAAAAUUGUUUUGGAGUCUCAAAGACAUUUUCGCCGUUUAAUAAACAAUUUCUUGAACUCAUGUUGCAGUUUGACACUGCCUAAGUAGAAUAUUGAGCUCAGAACAAAAUAGGGAUCCAACCUGUCAGCAUGUCACAGAUGUCUCUUGUUACUUGGAGAUUGUGUGAGCUUUGUCUGUUGCCCAGAGAAGUAAUCCAUGUUUAAACUUUGCUCAUUACUGCUGCUCAAGGUGCAAAGGGACCAUGCCUUAGUCGCUUCAUUAAGCCAUUAACA